AUCAAGAGCAACUGCUCUUUUGUGCAGGUAUCUGAGUGUGAUGUGUUGUGAGUGAAAACUAAAGAAAAGCCAAACAAAGUCAGCCCGGCAGGUUCUGGCAGGGAUGAGUCCAGGUGAAGGAGAGAGAGAGACCAGAGCAACGCUUGAUUGGGGCUUUUAUGCUCAGGGCGCACCAGCAUCAGGUGCUCUGCAUCACGCAUCUUCUCCCUUGAUACCUUCAAGGACACAGUGAAGGAAUAAAUGGCAAAUCCACACUGACAUCUCAGUAGUGAGGCUGUCACACUAUACCACCCCCCCGGAGAUAUGACGCGUUGAUGGCGCGUGACCCAGCCUCCUUUUAACAGAACUUCAUGGUGACUUCUGCUUUCGUUUUCUCAAAAGCCAGCAGAAGGCAGGAAGGAAGGGUGUGAACGCACUGCUGAAGGGUGGCGAGCUAAAAAAGAACCGUCGUUUCUUACUGACUAUUAAGAUCGAUAUCCUCCCCGUGGUGUAUUGAUCCGUGGACAUGAUGGGGAAACUGACCGGGUUGUGUGUGUUGUUGGUGCUGAACGUCGCUGUAACCGAGGAUACUGUAACUACGGUGUACUUCACGGAUGGUGGAGAUCUAACGUUAAAAGUGCGGCCUCCUCUUCCGGAUCACAUCAACUACAUCGUGUGGUUAUUCAACGAUAAUCUGCUGGCUGAGUGGGAGGAAGAUAAGAGUUAUUACCUCAGACUUAAAGGACGAGCAAACCUCACCACAGAGACUGGACAGCUGAUCAUCAACAAGAUGAGCAAAGAGGACGAGGGUGUGUAUUCAGUGGAGAUCAACGACAGAGUCCAGAGUGAGAGAUAUCAAGCUAAAUUGAUCAAGAAGGUCCAGAAACCCAAAGUAGUGGAGAGAUCAUAUACUCGUAUAGAUUCGAGUUAUAAGUUCUCCUGUGACUCAAACACCACCGAGGCUGAACCAGUCAGCUACAGCUGGAAGAAGGGAGCUGGAGAGUGGAAGGUGACUGGGAAGUACAUCACCAUCACCAACGAGUUCACAUUUUCGAGCACCUUCACCUGCCGGAUAGAGAACGCAGUCAGCCAGGAAGAAAGUGACCCAGAACCCAACCCAGCCUACAUUUCCAGCAUCAUUGGGGCUAUAGUGAUUGGUGCAUUGUUAGUUUUUCUUUUGUGUGGGUGUUUGUUCGUGGCAUUUAAAAUGAUGAAAGGCUACUUGAAGAAUCGAGGCAGCAACAUCACUGAUCCUGCACAUGUAAAUGGAGAUGUACAGCCUACUGCUCAUCCUAGUGACAGUGCAACUAAUCCAGCUGAGAACAUACCACUUCAGGCUAACCCAGAAGACCUAAAGUCAGACGCCAAAGAAACUGCAUGAAGUUGAGGAGCUCAAAUAGUCCUCAGACUUCUAUUUCUGCAUACAUGACAUGUACAAACAUGUUCAUUUUUUGUGUAUUUUUUAGCAGUCAGCUGUGUGCUUCAUUGACUGUUACUUGCAGCAGAGGGAUUUUCAUAACAACAAAGUUGUUUUUUAGAACAGCAUGAAAACAUGAUUGUAUUUUGUUAUUUAUUUAUUUAUUUAUUUUUUAAACAGCCACCUGUGUGUUUAUAUAUGUAUGUAUGUAUGUGGGUGUUUCUGCAACUAAAAUCCCUUUUGACUCUCCUAAAUUAAAAAAAAAAAACAAUCUCUAUGAAUUUUAACCAUCAGAGAAAACUAAACUUAUAGUAACAGAUAUAUGAUAUUCUCAGUGAGUCUUUGCAGUGUGCCUGAGGAUGUAAAUAAGUCAAUCAGACAUAUUGAUAAUGUGAGUGAAGUAGCUUUGAUUAUAUCUGAUAAGAAACCAUACCAAAGAAAAGGCUGAUUUAAUCACCAGAAGUGAAUGUAAUUAAAUUACCAAUAUUUAAGCAUUUUCUGACCAGUUUCCAAAAGGUCUACAUAUAAAGACGUACACACAAUUGCAUUUAGUCGUUAAGAUUUUAAUCUGUAACAUGUUUAUUUUUUAUGUUUUGUAUCACUUUGUUCUUAUACUAAAUGUCCUUACCGCAACAUUUCAAUAACAUUCGUAUAUAUAAAUAAAUAAAUAUUUUUAAAUUCA